GGGCUCAAAAAAGAUAUAUUUUAUUUUGUUUCAAAAAAAGAAGUAAUUCUAUUAAGUAUUUUAUAAGCUACAAGCCGUUUCUUAAUGAAAGCAGCUUUUACAGGUAUGAGAAAGCUUUUUAUACUGCGUGUAUAUCUACUAGCUAUCAUUAAAAACUUACCUAAUGUUUCUAUGGCAAAAAAGCUGAUUAUGUAUCUGGAUAAAUAUCAUUGCUCUGCUGAUAAGAUUUGGUUCCGUAAUCUCAUCUUUGCAUCGCCUUUGAAGCUUUAAUAAACUUCCAUGAUGUAGUAUUCUCUGGCUAGAUUACACUUGCGGUUUACCUUUAAACGAUGACAUGAAAAUAAUGAAAAAAAGAGACAAGUAAACAAUUGGAAAAUUAGCCUAAAGUCUAUUAUGUCCCUUUGUUUUUUAGCAGUCUCGGGAUCUUAUGAGUGGUGGCACUAUGUCAAGAAUCAGUGUAUAUGAGUACUUUUUUGUUAUAUUCUUAGCAGUAUUACUAUCAAAGAAAGUCUAAAUGAUUAUAGAAAAAUAUAAUAAUUGGUGUGGGCAGACUAAAAGUUCAAAAAAGGGC